AUGGGCAGUGUAUUUCUUCCGCAUCUGCGCACGGGCUGGCACGUCGACCAGGCCAUCUUGUCCGAGGAUGACCGGCUUGUGGUAAUCCGUUUUGGACGCGACGCCGACCGCGAGUGCAUGCUGAUGGACGAGAUGCUGUACAGCAUUUCUGCCAAGGUGAGCCAGUUCGCGGUGGUGUAUCUAUGCGACAUUGACGAGGUCCCGGACUUCAACGAGAUGUACGAGUUGUACGAUCCGAUGACGGUGAUGUUUUUCUACCGCAACAAGCACAUGAUGUGCGACUUUGGCACGGGAAACAACAACAAGCUCAAUUUUAUGGUUGGCGACAAGCAGGAGCUGAUCGACAUUAUCGAAACGAUAUACCGGGGUGCUGUCAAGGGCAAGGGUCUGGUAGUGAGCCCGAAGGACUACAGCUACACGGGACGGGGCAGGAUGUAG